CCAAUUACUAUAAUCGCAGUAUUGACGUAAUUUAUCUAACAGAUUUAGAAUCAAGAGCUGAUUUAUGCCUUCCUUUUGACUUUAACGGCGUAUAUAAAAUGGAGAGUGACGAAGAAGAUAAAGGUUCACUAGACGUAUACAAAUAUAGGCGAAGAGCUGACAAGGACGAAAUAUUCUUGAAUUCUACUACAUUUGGUCGAAUUUCUGACAUUGAUAAGCAAGAUGUCAAUUAUGGAAUCGACGAAGAAAAGAAGCACAAAACCUACACAAUCUUACAAGAAACCAGAACGGAAUUCACAAAUAGCAAGCUGCGGAAUAUUCUGAUGAUAUAUUCGAAUCCUGCGUGGAAAGUGUUCAUAUUGACGAUACUUUUUAUCUCGUACCUGUUAGAAUCAUCCAUGUACACUUUCUGCAAACCGAAGGACCGGCCAUUUUGGAUCAUCAUUCUUGUGAUAUGUUCCAACUUCAUUUUCUCUUUGGAUGUAACGAUCGUUUUCGGGCUAAAGUUCUUCAGGAAGUGGAGAAAAACCCUCAAUCUCGUAGAGCCUGAAACCAGUAGAGUAAUAUUAGAUGUUGUUCUAGCUAUGCCAUACGCGUUUCUUUACUUAGUAAACUACGAAAGGACUUCGUUCAACUAUUACGCGAUUGCACCAAUUAUGGCCCUGAUCCGUGUUUACAGAAUCAUAGAGUACUUUUAUAACAAGUCAUCUCAAGCAGGAAGUAAUCAAUGGACGACGUUUCUAUUCCAAUAUCUGAUAUUAUUUCUGCUGUCUGUUCAUACUUGGACUUGUGUUUGGUACUUAUUUUCAGACAGAAAUUUCGAUAUACAUAAAGUUAGGUCGUCGUGGUCGACCGCAGCAAUAUACUUGCCGACAGAGGUCACCUUUGAUUGGUACUUCGUUUGUUCAUAUUGGUCUGUAAUGUUUCUAACAACGAACGCGCUUGGUGAUUUGUACCCUGUGACCACAACCGAAAGGAUUACAGCAAUCACAGCUAUAUUGUUGGGGUUUCUGCUAACAACAAUCGUUUUUGUUGGGUCUUUGACUUCGCAGUUCAUAACUAUUACUACAAGACGUUCCAUUUAUGUAAGACAGUUGAUGAAAAUCAGAAAUCACCUUGCGCUCAUCAAAAUGGAUCCGGACACCACUAAGCGAAUCAUAAGAUACUACGAAGAUCUAUGGUACCAAAAGUCCGGUGUGUUCAAGCCGAAACUAUUGAAGCUUCUGCCGUAUCCUCUUCAAAUGGAGAUCUGCUAUGACUUGAACGCUGUACCACUCUACAGUUCAUUGAUAUUCCGAAAGCUUCCGGAAGCCUUCCUUAGAAGGCUCUCUCUGGACAUGAGUCACCAGUUUUAUUUACCAGGCGACAUUGUUUACAAGCACAAUCAUAACAAGACUAUUAUGGUAUGUAUCACGAGUGGAGUUCUAGAAUUACUAUCGGAUGAAGAUGACGAAAGUCCAAUGAUUUCAUUUUCAAAAGGAACGUGCUUCGGAGAAAUAUCUCUGGUUUACAACAUACCAGCUCGAUGUACCGUAAAAGCGGCGACGUACGUCGAGUGUCAAGUGCUGGACAAGACAAAGUUCAUUAAAUUGAUGAUCACGUAUCCUCAAAUGAUCGAUAAGAUAAAGAAAGAAAUAAAUGAACGGAUUGAGAGGAGUCGUCAAAGGAAAACGAGGGGAGACCAGACUGCCUUAUCCUUGAAUAUCUACGCCUCGAAGGAUCGAAAGAAGAGCAGCAUUAAAUGUCUGAAGGACAAGCUAAGAUACGUUCAAGGCACGCCUGGUGACCAAUUCGACAUGGCUUUAGGAGUGGAACUCACUGAAGAGAAUUGGCUAGAAAGUACUGUCAUACCAUCUGAGCUGAGGAAGAAAGUGCUACACCAAGCUAGGUUCAAAGCGCUAACUUCGAUAAGAUUCUUCCAAGUUAAAAACAUCGCUUACAUUCAAACAUUAACCGAAACUGCAAGAGACAUAAUUCUUCCACCAGGCGAAAUCGUAUACUACGGUGGAACAGUUACUAGAGAGCUCUACAUUAUAGAAAGCGGUUAUUGCCUAGUAACAUCCCCAGAGAUGAAAGAGGCUAAGAAGGAACGCGUCAUCGGACCUGGAAACCAUUUAGGAUUGCUGGUGCUAUUAUAUGCCGUACCAGCUGUUAGUACUGUGAUUACGCUGACCCAUUGCAAGUUGAUAAGUAUUAGCCACUGGGCCUACACAUCAGCAUUAAGCUUAUUUCCUGAUAUGAAAGAGCAUGAAGGCCUUCUAACGCCAGAGGAACUUAACAGCAUACAGAUGCAGGCCAAGUCACAAUACGCUGCUUGUGCUUAUUUAAAGCAUUACAGCAACCUCACUAGGAAACCCCCACGAGUCAAGAUUACCAAUAUCCUUCAGGAGUUUUUGAACAAUUCCUUCAUAAAUGUGUAUGAUGACUACCACAAACGGAGAGAAAGCUACAUCAAGUCAUACUCACAAUUUCGCAUUUUGAACCAUUUCGCACCGUAUUUACUUAUGCCGAUUGCGAUCAAACCAAAUGGAAUAUUUUUGAAGUUCUGGGCGUUUGGCAGAAUUAUUACAGCGUUUCUGUUAUGCAUUUUAGUACCGAUAGUUGUGUCUAUGGCCCCAUUAUGUGGAAUCUUUAAUUAUGCAAUAGUAGCUCUUGAGGCAAUAUGCUAUAUUGAUCUCUAUCUGAUGCUACAUGUCGCUUAUUAUGGAACGAAGAACCAGUUGAUUUACCAUCCAUAUUUAACUGCCAAAAAUUACUUAACAGGCCCUUUCAUCAUAGAUUUUCUGACAUGCUUUCCCUGGUAUGCGAUAUGGAAGCUCUUCGUACCUAAACACGAUGAAGAUCAUACGGAAGAGGACCACAUAGCCAACCAUCACGUAUUCCACUGCAUAUUAAGAAUGGUCAACGUGCUACAAAUAUACAAACUUUACGCUGCGUUCUGGGCGGAAUCUAUCGCAGCAUUGAAACGGGCUUACUUGAUGAGUGUCGUACAGUUCUUUCUACUGACGAUUUUCUUCCUUAACUUGUAUGCAUCGAUGCUGAUAACCAUGUCAUGCAGAUACGUGACAGCUUCUAACGCCGAUGAUUUCGAAGACAGAAUUUCACGAUUGUCCCUGAAAGGACCUUAUAUGAACACAACGUACCAUCCUGAAGGUUGCAUGGUUUGCCAACGAGGAUCUUGGGUUGACGCGCCAACAUUAUUAGAAGAAUACCUAACCCCGGCAAAAGUAUACCUGUUGGCUUAUUAUUGGGCGGCGACGAGUUUUAGUGGGGCUGGCUUCGGUGACAUCACUGCGCAAGACAACACCCACAUGAUCCUUUCCAUUUGUAUCAACAUACAUGGAGUUCUGUUCUUUGGAUACGUUUACGCUAAAAUUGCAUCACUGAAAGCAAUGGCAGAUCAAGUGGUAACGAAAUUCCAAGAGAAUUUAAAGCAUCUGGAAUUAUUUCUGAACAGAGAAAAAGUGCCAUUUGUACUGAAAAAGACUGUGAUAGAUUACUGGAAAUAUCAAUGGAAGAGAACGGGCGGAUGGUCGCACCAAUCCAUACUAGGUAAACUGCAUGCAAAUCUGAACGAAGAUGCAGUACUGUAUAUGUAUGAGAAAACGCUGCGAGAGAUACCUUUGUUCGAGGAUGUUGAGUAUUCGUUCUUCAGGGCCUUCGCGAAGAAACUCAAAGAGCAAUACUUUCAAAAAGGUUACAUGGUUAUAAGAGCCAACGAAGUUAUCAACUCAAUGUAUAUUAUCUAUCGGGGGAAGGUGGACAUAAUAUCGGAUAUUAAUGAAGUGGAAGCCUGUAUGGGGCCGGGCGGCAUAUUUGGAAAUAUCAGAGGUGCAUCCAAGUAUUUGACCAUGUCAAACGUCAUCGCAUCGAGAAACAUCGAUUUGUUGUGUAUUAAAGGACACGAUUUCUACGCUCUCCUAAAGAGCUAUCCGUCCGUACUUAGGAAAGUUAAACAGUCGGUCGACUCGGCAGCAAAAGACUACGUUCUUCCUACCACCACGUCUGGAAGACCAAGUUUGGAGGUUGAGACAUACCCUCUUUCAUACGAAGCUGGUGACGAUGAAGAAGACGAUGGACUCGACGAUCUUGACUUCAGCAUGUUUGUAGAAAGUCCAGAAAAGAGUAUAGCCGAAUCCCAUGGCUCAAGAUCUAUCACAUCAGCAGGAAAUGUAGACUACGUUGGAGCUACAUUCCUGAUUUUAAAACCACACAGGUGGUUUCGUAGCAGUAUUUUGCCAGACUGCAAAUUGGUCAUGUUCAUGGAUCAAUUUACGCUGAUUCUUGCCUAUGUUGACUUCAUGUUGCUCGUAUAUCAAAUGGCAUUUCUCUCAAUCCCUUACUUUUUAUACAUCUGUGUGACAUUGGAUGUAAUAUUUUGGUACAAACUAUUUCUCGACAUGCACAGCGGGUUUAUGAACAGAUACGGCGAUUAUAUUUUGAAUCCGAAGAAAGUUAGGGAGAUGUACUUCUCAAAAGUAUACCUACGGAGGCGUGAUUUCCUUGCGAACAUACCUAUUUGCUACUUAGCAUUCGGCUUGCCCUUGCUUCCGCCCAUACAACUCGCAUUUUUCGUCUACCUACGCUCUCCCCAGUUGUUUAGAGUCUCAUACCUGUUCACCUACAGAGUACACUCGGCAAGGAAAAACAACAUCAGCUCGGCUAAUCUUUUAUUCAAACUAACGUCAAUAGGAAUAUGGGCAUCAAUACUGGCUCACGUAAACGCAUGUCUAUUUUUCAAACUGUCAUGUCUAACUCCAGUGCACUGUACUUCGGCUAACUGGAUGUCAAAAAACGAACUUAAUUUACGAUCCAAAUACAUACAGGCAAAUUAUUUCUCAAUCUACGUGGCGGCUCUGUGGUACAUGAUAAACUUACUAACGAUCACUGGAACCGGCGACGUCUCAUCACAAAAUGACUUUGAAGCUAUAGAAACUAUCAUUGUCAUUAUUAUAAUCAAGUUUUGUACAGGACUUCUAAUAUCAGAAAUGUCAGCGAUGAUCACAGCGCAUUCGUCUUCGCGGAUCGCUUAUGAUUAUGGUAUAAACGAGCUAAGAGAUGGGCUUCGAGACAUGGACCUAAGUGACCACCAAAUGAACAAGAUGUGGGACUACGUUCGUGAACUGUGGAACAGACAGCAAGGCCGGCAGAUGCCUGAACUAGUAUUUCAACUACCAUUCCGACUGCGCUGUCAAAUUAUGCAAGCACUAUACGGGUCUCACAUAAGAGAGUCCAUUAUAUUCAGUAAAGCGGACGACGAUUUCAAGAGGAUGCUGUCCAUGUGGAUGAAACAUUGCGUGUUUUUCCCGGGGAAUUAUAUCGUCCAAUGCGGGGAUUCCGACCAGUGCAUCUACUUCAUACAUAGAGGCGAGGUCGAAGUUCUAACUGUUCAUCCCAAUUUGACUGAAUCAAUUUACGAUAUUUUAGGCCCUGAAGACAGUUUUGGAGUAGCACAGGGACUUUAUGUAGGUGUGGCUCACCAUUUCUCAUUCCGAGCUAGGACUGUGGUCGAUAUUGUGUAUUUGAAGCUUGAACAAUGGAAGUAUUUGCUGGAUUUCUAUCCCAGAUCAGCGAAAAUUGUAAAAAAGAAAGUUGAAAAUGUCUAUUUAGCAAUUUAGACAAAUGGUUUGUUUUAAUUUAAGAAUAUGAGUAGUUUAUUUUAGUUUUUAGUUCUUAAAAUACUAUAAAAUGAAAUAAGUAUUUUUGGA